CGCGCUCGGGACAUCCCCGGAGCUCGCGCCCGGGGAGCGCAGAGCGGUCGGAGAUCGCGGUGGCAUUUGCAGCCGUGCAGAGUGCGAUCCCGGGCAGGGAAAAAGCGGGUCGUGUGAACGAGCCCACCCGGGUUCUGAGUGCGAUCUGACCUCCGAAGCGCUGGGCUCGUUUAGACAUUCCCCAGAAUCAGCCCCCGGAAAGACGAGGGUCUCCCUCUUUGCACCGUUCCCAUGUGGCUGUCGGUCCUGCUGGGUCCCUGGGCCGUGCUGCUGGCUCUUGGUGCCGGCCGCUGCCGGGGGCUCUCCUUCCAUCUGCCCCCGCUGAGCCGCAAGUGCCUGAAAGAGGAGCUGCACCGGGACGUGAUGGUCACCGGGGAGUAUGAAGUGUCCGAAGCGGCCGCACCGGGCAUCCGGACGAACUUAAAGGUGACUGACUCGGCCGGACACCUGCUCUACUCCAGAGAAGAAGCCAAAAAGGGGAAAUUUGCCUUCACCACUGAGGAUUACGAAGUCUACGAGAUUUGCUUUCAGAGUCACGGACAGCCAGGGAACUUUCGGCUGCCGGAUCAACUGGUCACCCUCAAUGUUAAACAUGGGGUAGAAGCCAUGAAUUACGAAAAUGUCGCAAAAGCAGAGAAACUGAAACCGCUGGAGAUAGACCUCCGUCGGCUGGAGGACCUUUCCGAAUCCAUUGUCAAGGAUUUUGCCUUCAUGAAAAAACGGGAAGAGGAAAUGCGCGACACCAACGAAUCCACCAGCAUUCGGGUUUUCUACUUUAGCAUUUUUUCCAUGCUGUGUCUGGUCAGCUUAGCAGCCUGGCAGGUAUUUUACCUACGACGCUUUUUCAAGGCCAAAAAACUCAUUGAGUGACGGAGACACCAUCCAGAUUUCCUGGUCUCCUUAUCUGAUUGUGCCAAGAUUUCAGGACAAACCACUUUUAUCUCCUAACUGGCCUUCUGAUCUCGAAGGGGUGACAAAGAAAUUGGACUGGAUCUCUUUUUGGGCCACAGAUCGAUUUGAAAAAUGGCCCAGCUCUCAGUUUUGGGUGUGUGUUUUUUUUCUCCUGGACUCAUUUGGGUGAUUUUUCUCACCGUCUCUGCAGCUUUGGGGUGGGAUUGGAGGACGGGCAUCCGAUCUGACUGUUACGCAACUUGAGCACACUGGAUAAUAUUUGGAAGUAAUAAAUCUUGGUUCCUAGA